GCUGGGAGUUGGCCCUCUUUUCCCUCUGCUCUCUCCUUUGGCAAGUUCGUUUCACUCCCGUGUCUUUAAUUGCCACCUCUGCACAGAUGCUUGCCAUUGAGACUUAAAAGAGUACAGGACUUGUAGCCAAGACAGACAUGAGUUCAUGUCUGAGCUCCAGUGCAUUUCCAACUCUAUGACCCUGGGUCAUAUGACUGAUCAGCGUUUUGAGCCUUGGUUUCCUCACCUGUAAAAUGGGAGUAAUACUUACUCUUAUGGGGGCAUUGUGAGGAAAGCAGUCUUUAAACUCCCCAGCGUUGUAUAGAUGGGUUAUUGUUAUUCUGCCUCUGCCUUUGACCUCUUAGUCACAUCCCCCUCCAGCUUCAUCUCCUGACUUUAUUCUGUCAGUCAUGUCAAGUAUUUAUCAAGAGUCUCACUAUAUGCCAUGCACUGGACAUAUUACGAAUGGUGAAAGGUUUCAAGGAGCUCACAUUCUAAUGGAAAAAGAGCAUUCAAACAACUAUGAGCAAAUAAAAUAAACUAGAUACAAGAGAAAUUGUAGGUGAUCCAGAGGGAGCCACCAGCAUCAAAGAGGAUCGGAAAAGGCUUCCGGCAGAAGGCAGGAUUUUAGCUGGGAUUUAAAGCUGAGGAGGAAGAGAAAUCCAGAGACCACUUCUCCGAAGUUUCCCCUGUUCACAGUUGGAGGGUUACCUUUCACUUUCCUCUUCCCUAGGCUCUCCUGUCCACUUGGUUGCCGAGCCCCGUCCCUCCACCUCCCCAGGGUCUCAUGGCCCUCCACCUCGGCUUCCCCUGUGGGCCCCAUCACCACCCACUCUGCACUUUGGCAAUGGCCUCCUCCAAGUCCAGUCUCUGAAUCCAGCUCUCUUUCUAUUGUAUCCUGCUGCCUCCCCAAGGUUCUCAAGGUCAUAUCGAUGAGCAAUUAUGGAGUCAUAGAAUGAGAGCUGGAAGAAAACCGAGAGGCCAUCAACCCCAGAUGAAAAAAACCACACUCUAGUGCCCCGCUCACUCAGCCAUGGCGAAACUGGAAACCCUGUCCGUGUGUGCUGACCCUGGCCGCGACCCCCUCCUGGCCUUUGCCCCUCGGCCACCUGAGCCCCGCCCCGCAGCCCCUCGCCUGGUGGCCAUGGGCAGUGUGGGCAGCGGUGUGGCCCACGCCCAGGAAUUUGCCAUGAAGAGCGUGGGCACACGGACGGGUGGGGGCUCAGGUGGGGGUGGCCGAGGGGGCUACCCUGGGCCAAGGGGCAGUGGGCCAGGGUCUGGCAGUGGGGACCUCCCAGCCAGAUACCCCUCCGAGGACAAAGCCCUGGCCAACUCCCUGUACCUCAAUGGGGAUCUGCGUGCCGGGGCCAGUGGUGGUGUCAGUGGAGACCGGACGGAUGUCUGUGGCAACAUGGUCAGCAGCAGCAGUGACAAGGCCCCACCCCAGUACCGGGAGCCCAGCCACCCACCGAAGAUCCUGCCCACCUCUGGCAAGCUGGACCAGUGCACAGAGCCUCUGGUGAGACCAUCAGCCUUCAAGCCAGUUGUGCCCAAGAACUUCCAUUCAAUGCAAAACCUGUGUCCACCCCAAAGCAAUGGGGCUUCAGACGGGCGAAAAGGCCCCGGGGGCCUGAAGGGUGGUGGGCUGGACAAGGCACGGACUAUGACCCCAGCAGGCAGCAACAGUGGGGGUGGUGGAGGCAGCAGUGGGGGUGGAGGACUCUCCGACUCAGGCCGCAACUCACUGACCAGUCUGCCUACCUACAGCUCAGGCUACAGCCAGCACCUAGCACCCCUGAGUGCCUCCACCAGUCACAUCAACCGCAUUGGCACAGCCAGCUAUGGGGGUGGGGGUGGCCCCAACAGUGGGGGCCCUGGCUAUCAUGACCUUUCCUCUUCAGACAGCGGGAGGGCUUCCAGCAAGAGCACACCCUCCUUUGGUAGGCUGAACCCCUUGGGAUCUGGGGAGGGCGGUGGCACCAGUGGCGUGGGAGGGGUUGGUGGGGGCCUGGGCUCUUUCCCGGCCUCUCCCCCUUCACCGGAUGCAGUGAUCCAGGAGCUGGAGGAGCGCCUGUGGGAAAAGGAGCAGGAGGUGGCAGGGCUUCGGAGAAGCCUGGAGCAGAGCGAAGCGGCCAUUGCCCAGGUGUUUGAGGAGCGGCAGAAGGUGUGGGAGCGAGAGAUGGAGGAGCUGAGGCAGAACUGUGCGGGGAAGCUGCAGCAGGUGACCCGCCGUGCCCAGCGUGCCCAGCAGGGCCUGCAAAUGCAGGUGCUGCGACUCCAGCAGGACAAGAAGCAGCUUCAGGAAGAUGCAGCCAGGCUCGCUAGGCAGCGAGAUGAACUCCAGGAAAAGGUGGCUGCCUGCCAGAAGGAGCAGGCUGACUUCCUGCCCCGUAUGGAGGAGACCAAGUGGGAGGUGUGCCAGAAAGCGGGUGAGAUCUCACUCCUGAAACAGCAGCUGAAGGAGUCCCAGGCGGACGUGAGCCAGAAGCUGAGCGAGAUCGUGGGGCUGCGCUCGCAGCUGCGGGAGGGCCGGGCCUCCUUGCGCCAGAAGGAGGAGCAGCUGCUGACCCUGCGGGACUCGCUGGGCGCCAAGCAGCCCAGCCUGGAGCUGCAGCUGCGGGAGGGCGAGACGGAGCUGGGCCCGGGGUUGCGCCUGCGGGACCGCGUAGGCCCCAGCGAGCCUCGGGCAGGGGAGGCUGCAGCCGCCGACGGGACUGCAGCCGCCACCACCUCCGGGGAGCCCGCAGAGCUCUGCGAGAGCGACGAGGCCAAAAUGCGCAGACAGGCAGCGGCAUCCUCCUCCUCCUCCUCGUCCUCGGGCCCCCCCCAGGACGGGGAGGGCGACGGGGCAGACACGGCCGGAGCCCGAGCCCUGCGGCGGGAGGUGGGCCGCCUGCAGGCAGAGCUGGCGGCCGAGCGGCGAGCCCGGGAGCGGCAGGGAGCCGGCUUUGCCGAGGAGCGGCGCGUGUGGCUGGAGGAGAAGGAGAAGGUCAUCGAAUACCAGAAGCAGCUGCAGCUCAACUACGUGGAGAUGUACCAGCGCAACCAGGAGCUGGCCCGGCGCCUCGGGGAGCUGGGGGCCGCGGGCGCCUCCCUGCCCGCACCCAUGCCCCUGCCUGGACCCGUGCCCGCGGCCCACAGUGUCUCGGGGGAAGAGAAGAAGGCCUGGACCCCGUCCCGCCUGGAACGCAUCGAGUCCACUGAGAUCUGACCCCAACCGGCCCUCCCCGGACAGGUCCAUGGGCACUGAACUCGCUCGACAUUUUUUUCUAGUUUGGACAAGAUGACCAAGGCCCCACCCCCAAUGACCCAUGGUGGCCUUUGGUACUAAAUCUAGGUCCGCGGCCCCAGUCCCUGGCCCUGGGGAGCCCCAGCUUCCACACCCCUUCCCCAGAGUCCCCAGACCAAAGAGGUUCACGAAGCUCCGGUGACCAUACCCCUGUCCACCCACACCCACGCUGUGUCAGCCCCAAGAUUUUCCAUU